AUGGCUCUCCUCUUCAAGGAUCCGAGCAAGCUUUCGGCUUAUAGGGAUAGAAGGUUUCCAGGUACGCAAGAAGAAUUUGAUGAGGUGCUUCAAAAUUCAACCACGGUUUAUGUGGGGAACAUGUCAUUUUACACUACGGAGGAGCAAGUUUAUGAGCUGUUCUCUCGAGCUGGAGAGCUUAAGAAGAUUGUAAUGGGUCUGGAUAAGAAUACCAAAACCCCCUGCGGCUUUUGCUUUUUAAUGUACUAUUCCAGAGAAGACGCUGAAGAUUCAGUUAAAUAUAUCAGUGGGACGAUUCUUGAUGAUCGUCCUAUUCGUGUGGAUUUUGAUUGGGGGUUUCAAGAAGGCAGACAGUGGGGCCGCGGUCGAAGUGGUGGACAGGUACGGGAUGAAUAUCGUACUGACUACGAUCCAGGUAGAGGCGGUUAUGGUAAAUUAGUCCAGAGAGAGUUGGAAUCUCAAAGGCAGCUAGUGGAUUAUGGUGCCGGAUCGUUGGGCUCGUUCCAACCUGUUAUGCCACCUCCUUAUGGUAGACAUGGUGGAAAUCACUAUCAUGGAGGUUCUCACCGGCAUGGCAGAGACUACAACCGCAAGCGAUAUCGGGAAGAUGACAACCGGGAGCCAGAUAUCUCGAAAAGAAGUCCGAACUAUGAUUCUAGGAGGAAUUCUGAUCGUGACUCCAGACCGGAGAAGAAUCCACGAUUUCGUGAGAGCGGUGAUUCUGACGAGGAGGAGGAAGAUGAUGGUAAACAACAUCGCUGA